GACGAGCAGCAGAGAGCCGAGACCGUGAGAGAGUGAGCGGCCACAGAGCGACCAGGAACCGGACAGAACCAGGAACCACAGCACGAUGUUCUUCCAGAUGUGUCCUCACCUCCUCUGCUUCCUGCUGCUGCUCUGCGUCCCUGACACACACUCCGCUAAAUGCCCUGAGCAGUGUGUGUGUGACCAGAUCCAGCUCACUGUGACCUGCAACAGCAAGAAUCUCACACACAUCCCCCCUACUUUGGAUGAGAUCACAGUGAAAUUGGAUCUGCGUGGUAACGACAUCCAGGAGCUUCCCUCUGGGGCCUUCAAACACACACCGUACCUCACACACUUGUCGCUGCAGCGCUGUAACGUCCGCAAGGUGAAGGAGGGGGCUUUCCGUGGCCUUGGACGCCUCGUCUUCCUCAACCUGGCCAACAACAACAUCGACAUCCUCUACCAGGAGUCGUUUGACGGCCUGUCCUCGCUGAAGCAGCUCCUGAUCGACCGUAACCGGGUGGAGGAGAUUCAGCCCGGAGCUUUCUCUCAGCUCGGCUUCCUCAACCUGCUCUCCCUCACACACAACCAGCUGGUGUACAUCCCCAACAUGGCCUUCCAGGGCUUGCAGAACAUCAAAUGGCUUCGUCUGAGUCACAACUCUUUAAAUUACCUGGACACGGAGGCUUUGGCCGGGCUGUUCACGCUCACACGUCUCAGUCUGGACCACAACGAGCUGCAGUUCUUCCCCACAGAGACCAUGACCAGACUUCCAGAGGUGACCCGUCUUGACCUGAGCUACAACCCGAUGACGUACCUGGGAGAGGAGGUGGUUUCCAUGAACAAACUGACGCACCUCUUCAUGGAUCACAUGUCCCUGCAGGACCUGGACCCCACGGCCUUCUCCAAAUCCAGCAAACUGGUGCACCUGGACCUCGGUCACAACCAGCUGAGAGUCCUGCAGCCUUUCUCCGAGGGAACGUCGUCGCUGGCUCGCCUCAACCUGGCCGGGAACCCUCUCUCCUGCAACUGCUACCUGCGUCCUCUCAGGGAAUGGUCGAUCCGUAACAAGGUGAAGCUGCUGGGCACCUGUGGAGGUCCGGCCCACCUGUCGGGGGAGAACCUGGAGGCCGUGCACCCUCAGGAGCUGCGCUGCCAGAGCCAGGAGGCCAUGCUGAGGGCGGAGAGGGAGGAGGCCGCCAGGGUCACUCCUCCUCCCACUCAGGAGCCAAAGAACAAGGUCAAGUGUCCGGCAAACUGCGUCUGCGAGGCUGAUACACACCACUCUUCCUGUGAGAACCGCGCUCACACUAAAGUUCCUCGCGGUUUCUCUCCGGACACGAGGCUCCUGGACCUCCGAGGAAACCACUUCCACUUCAUCCCCAGCAGCAGCUUCCCCGGCGUGGCCCAGGUGGUUUCGCUCCACCUGCAGCGCUGCAAGAUCGUGGAGGUGGAGGACGGGGCGUUCAGCGGCAUGAAGGGCCUGAUCUACCUCUACCUGUCCGAGAACGACCUCUCCUCCCUUAGCCCCAACGCCUUCAAAGGCCUCCCUCAGCUCACGUACCUCCACCUGGAGAAGAACCGCUUCACCGGUUUCCCCCGGGGAGCCUUCAGCCUGGUGCCCAGCCUGCUGGCUCUGCACCUGGAGAACAACUCCAUCUCCAGGCUGGAGCCGGACGUCCUGCUGGGGGCCGGGAGCCUGCGCUCGCUCUACCUCACCGGGAACGCCAUCGGGAACGUGUCCCCUCGAGCUCUGGAGGGGGCGGGGGACCUGGACACGCUCCACCUGGGGGGCAACAAGCUGAAGGAGGUGCCCACCGAGGCGUUUAGUAAGAUGGGGAGCCUGCGGGACCUGAGGCUGUCCGGGAACACCAUUCGCUGGGUGGGGCCGAACGCCUUCAGACCCCUGGAGAGGAGCCUGAAGGAGCUGUACCUGGACAACAUGGGACUGGAGAAGAUGUCUCCGAGCUCCCUGGCAGGAGUGGGUCCAGGUCUGAGGAGUCUCUUCCUGGAGGGGAACCUUCUGGAGGAGGUGCCAGACCUCCACCCUCUCUCCUCUCUGGAGGUCAUCAACCUGGCCCACAACCCUCUGAUGUGUGACUGCCCUCUGCUGCCACUGCGCAUGUGGAUAGAGAAAGUGAACCUAAAGGUGCGAGCCACGUGUGCGAAUCCCCCCGAGCUGAUUGGUCGACGGGUGAAGGACGUCCAGGUCUUCAGAGCCUGUCCUGGGGGAGAAAGUCUUCCUUCCCCCCCCACCGUCACCCCAAAACCAGCAAAGGCCCCCAAAGCCACCAAACCCAAACCGAUGCACCUCAAAGGCCCGCGGCGGGUCAAGAUGCUCAAAGCCAAACGUCGUAAAGGAUCCAACACGAAACCCACAGCGGCGAAGAAAACCACCAAGAGACGCAGCAUGGCCUGAGAGGCUUUUUAAAGACAAACCAUGGAGUUAAUUCCUCUAGAAAUGUAACAGCUUCAAUAUAUCAGAUUUCUAUUACAUUGUUUCUGCAUCAUUUUCUAUUUGUCAUCUGUUGGUAACUGUUGAAAAACGUCUGUUACAACACAUUAUGUAAUGAUUUCACUGACAAAAUGUAACGCGUAUAAAACACACUUCCUUAUGUAAUAACACUCAUUCGUUAAUAAGCAGCGUCAAGGCAAUAUGUAAUGCAUUCACCUGCUUCUCGUAAUGUUUCUUACACCAUGCCUGAGUCGUUUUAUCAGACGCGGCCUGAGAAAGCUGCUUUUUUAAAGUUUUUAAAAGACAAACCAUGGAUUUAAUUCCUCUAGAAAUGUAACCUGUUAAGGGUUUUUAACAUCUUCAAUAUAUCAGAUUUCUAUUACAUUGUUUCUGCAUCAUUUUCUAUUUGUCAUCUGUUGGUAACUGUUGAAAAACGUCUGUUACAACACAUUAUAAAAUGAUUUCACUGACAAUCACACAUAUCGUUAUGUAAUAACACUCGCAUUUGUUAAUAAGCAGCUUCAAGGCAAUAUGUAAUGCAUUCACCUGCUUCUCGUAAUGUUUCUUACACCAUGCAUGAGUUGUUUUAUCAGACAUGGCCUGAGAAAGCUGCUUUUUAAGAAAGACAAACCAUGGAUUUAAUUCCUCUAUACAUGUAUCCUGCUGAGGCUUUUUAACAUCUGCUAUAGGACAGACUUAUAUCAGUCUAUUGUUGCAUUAUUUACUCAAAUCAUUAGUGUAGAAACAACACAAAUAUGCAAUAACACAAUAUGUUAUAGUUGGCCAACAUGCAAUACGUUUGCACGUUUUUAUCCAAUAACACCUGCAUUUUGUAAUAAUUAACUACAUAUUGCAAUGUGUUUUACAUGUAUGAGUCUUUUUUUAUCAGACAUGGCCUGAGAGCUGCUUUGUUUACGUUUUAAAAGACAAACCAUGGAUUCAAUUCCUCUAGAAAUGUAACCUGCAGAGGAUUUUUUGAACAUCUCCAAUAUUUCAGAUUUGACCGUUUCUGCAGUUCUCCUUGUCGUCUAAUAAUAACUGUUGAAAAACAUCUAUAACACAUGUGACAAAUAAACGAUGGACAACUUCACAUUAAA